CAGGGUGCCAGUGUCACUGGGGACAAAACCGAACCAGGUAACUACACUGACUUCUAUUAUAUGUAAACUUAUGGAAACUAUAAUAAGAUCCAAAAUGGAAAAUUACCUAUAUGGUAAUGGUAUCCUGGGAGACAGUCAGCAUGGUUUUAGGAAAGGGAGAUCGUGUCUAACUAACCUGCUUGAUUUUUUGUGAGGAUGCAACAUCGAGAAUGGAUAAUUGCAAAGCAUAUGACAUGGUUUAUUUUACAGAGAAUUGUGAGGGUCUGGAACCAACUCCCCAGUAAUGUUGUUGAAGCUGACACCCUGGGAUCCUUCAAGAAGCUGCUUGAUUCUGGGAUCUCGUUUACUAACAACCAAACGAGCAAGAUGUGCCGAAUGGUCUCCUCUCGUUUGUAAACGUUCUUGUGUUCUUCUGAUGCUGCGCUCUGAUGGCUGUGUGUCUUCAGCUGCCUGCUGGUUUUUAAACGCUGGGAACAGCAGCACGUGUGCUCCCAGGGAAUGAGCCGUCUGUUUAUAGACCCUCAGUAACCACACAGAUGGAAAAUGGUUAUAAAAUCCCCAAAAUAGCACAGGCCAGCAUCCAGGAAAACACACACACGGCUCAACGACAGGGCCUUGCAGUGAGCCAGCGAACCCUGCAGCCUAGCGGGUGGAGUCCCUGUGAUUAACUCCGAGGACGGCCCUUAUCCAGGGCGACUCACAGCUGUUACAAAAUAUCACAGUACAGAGUAGCACAGUACAGAGAAGAGCAGUCAAGUGAAAUCAGUAGAAAAUAAGAUCAAAUUCAAAUAAGAGCAAAAUGAAGAAUACAGUAAAUAAUUACAUUUAAGAGCGAGUUCAACGAGAGCAGUUAAACUGAUAGUAAAAAUGUUUGCUUGUAAGAGUAAAUUCCAUUAAGAGCACGCAGUAAGUCUGAUAAAUGGAUAAGAACGAUUUCAAAUAAGAGCAAUUGCAAAUAAAAAAAAAAACAUUGACAGGGUUUGGUUUGUACAGAUGCAUGUCCAGUAAUUAUUCUUGCUGUGUUGAACACAUGGAAUGCAUAACUCUUGGACUACUAAUUUUCUCCACUGUGCUUAAGGGUGUGUGUGUGUGUCAGUGUGUGUGUGUGUGUGUGUGUGCGCGUGUCACUGUGUGCAGGGUGAAGUCAGUGAUAGCAAGCACAGAAGUGCUGGACAUUGCUGUCUUGAAGCUGUUGGUUAUCACCUGCCUGUCAAGACCAGGGCCAGGUCAAUAUCAUGGCCAGCCUUCACCUUGCAGUAAAUAUACAUGCAGCCUUGAUAGUGAAGUGUGGUGGGGAGUGCCUGCUAAGAUGAGAAGCUCGGUAGAACGCAACGCAUGCUUUUACUUGUAUUACUUGUAUUGUAACGCUUGAAAUGUUUUUGCUUACGAUUGUAAGUCGCCCUGGAUAAGGGCGUCUGCUAAGAAAUAAAUAAUAAUAAUAAUAAUAAUGCUUUUACAUUUCAGGAGCAGGCUUUGUGGAAGCUGCUUUGUUGAAAUGGGCUAGUCAUUGUUUUGUUGAGUUGCUGUUCCCCAUGCACAAUGCCUUCAGUGAGGCUCUAUUUCAGCUUGCAGAUCCCCCAUUACUAGCUCUAUGUCUUAAUGUCCUUGAGGGGGAACAACGUUACAAUUCAGCACAACAACCCCUAAAAGAAAAGGUCAGCUGGUGUGAUGCUUGAUAAAUCUAUCAUGAAAGCAACACAGCAAAUAUUUGUGUUCCUGCAGAUUAAACAAACAGGUGACGAUAAGCUUGAAUAAUGAGUCAAGAAUGUUGCAUAAGAUGGGGUGAGGCGAGCCUGCGCAGGGAUGAUUUCCAUCCCCUGCUGCACAUACAAGGGUGAGCCCCUUUAGGGUGAUAUAAGUAGCUGCACGGGGAUGCUCUGGACUGCCGAACACACCUCAACAUGACCAACAGCCUGCUACUGCUGCUCCUGGCCGUGUCUGUGGCUCAGGCUGCCUUGCUGCCCAGAGCCCUCUGGCAGUUCGGGAACGUGAUCAAGUGUGCCGUGUCCACGAACAACCCCUUCAAGUACAACGACUAUGGCUGCUGGUGUGGCUUCGGGGGCUCAGGGACACCAGUCGAUCAGGUGGACAGCUGCUGUAAGGCUCAUGAUAUGUGUUACCGCGAGAGCCGCAGUAACCCAGCGUGCCGCCCCUUGGUCGACAGCCCUUACAUCAAGGUGUACGACUACACCUGCACCAACAAACAGGUGACCUGUGACAGUUCUAACAGUGCCUGUCAGAUGUUUAUCUGUGAGUGUGACCGUGUGGCAGCUCACUGUUUCUCCCAGGCUCCCUACAACGAGCAGUUCAAGGGCUUUGACAAAAAGAAGCACUGCGAUGCCUCCUACGGGACCCACAGCUGCUGCAGCAAAAUGAACCCAGCACUCGUAGCUUUGCUCUUCACAGUGAGCGUCGUCUCCGCUGACCUCAGAGCCCUGUGGCAGUUCAAGAACAUGAUCAAGUGCACCAUCCCCGGGAGUGACCCGCUACACGACUACAACAACUACGGCUGCUACUGCGGGCUGGGGGGCUACGGGACCCCCGUGGACGAGCUGGACAUGUGCUGUAAGAUCCAUGAUGAUUGCUACUCUGCUGCAAAAAACCACCCAGACUGCUUCCCCAUCUUUGACAACCCCUACACGGAGAUCUACUCGUACACCUGCGAAGGAACCACGGUGACAUGCACUAACAAUGACCCCUGUGAGAUGCACAUCUGCGAGUGUGAUCGGAAAGCUGCCAUGUGCUUUUCCAGGUCUGAGUACAACCCUGAAUACAAGGCCCUGGACACCUCGAUAUACUGCAAAUGAAUCAAUACCCCCAGCGCAGCCCUCAGCCCCCUGGCUGUCAGGGUCUGUCUGUCUAACUUGAUCACCAGCAAUACCCCCAGCGCAGCCCUCAGCACCCUGGCUGUCAGGGUCUGUCUGUCUAACUUGAUCACCAGCAAUACCCCCAGCGCAGCCCUCAGCCCCCUGGCUGUCAGGGUCUGUCUGUCUAACUUGAUCACCAGCAAUACCCCCAGCGCAGCCCUCAGCCCCCUGGCUGUCAGGGUCUGUCUGUCUAACUUGAUCACCAGCAAUACCCCCAGUGCAGCCCUCAGCCCCCUGGCUGUCAGGGUCAGUCUGUCUAACUUGAUCACCAGCAAUACCCCCAGCGCAGCCCUCAGCCCCCUGGCUGUCAGGGUCUGUCUGUCUAACUUGAUCACCAGCAAUACCCCCAGCGCAGCCCUCAGCCCCCUGGCUGUCAGGGUCUGGCUGUCUAACUUGAUCACCAGCAAUACCCCCAGCGCAGCCCUCAGCCCCCUGGCUGUCAGGGUCUGUCUGUCUAACUUGAUCACCAGCAAUACCCCGAGCGCAGCCCUCAGCCCCCUGGCUGUCAGGGUCUGUCUGUCUAACUUGAUCACCAGCAAUACCCCCAGCGCAGCCCUCAGCCCCCUGGCUGUCAGGGUCUGUCUGUCUAACUUGAUCACCAGCAUCUCUUUCUUUUCUCCACUUUAUUCAGCUCUGUUUUAAAACUAAUUUGUAUUUUGGUAAAUUGUAUCAUACUUCAUGACCAUUAAUAAAAGCAUUGCUAAUCUCAAA